UUCUCCGUGAAAGAUAAUUUGAAGAGACCAGAGAUGCCUUGGCCGAGCAGAAAGCGAGACAAAGGAGCAGUACCAGAUAAAAAGGAGCCUGAUGCUAAAAUUGCCAAAACCGAGGAGGAGACUCCAGAUAAGGAGGAAGAGGAGAAGUCCACAAAACCUCCAGCUGGGAGUUCCAAGUCAGGAUGGAAGAACUGGAAGAAGACAAAAGAAUCUGACUCCGGUGGGGAGGAAAGCAAGAUAACGUAUUGUCACUGGCUUCUGAAAUCAGAACCGGAGAGCAGGCUCGAGAAGGGAGUGGAUGUGAAAUUCAGCAUUGACGACUUGAAAGCUCAGCCCAAUCAGACAACCUUUUGGGAUGGAGUAAGAAACUACCAGGCGAGGAAUUUCCUGAGAGCCAUGAAACUUGGGCAGCAGGCCUUCUUCUACCACAGUAACUGUAAAGAGCCUGGCAUUGUUGGCAUUGUCAAGAUUGUGAAGGAGGCGUACCCUGAUCACACCCAGUUUGAUCAGAAGGAUCCUCAUUAUGAUUCCUCCAGCAGAAAAGAGAACCCCAAGUGGUCCAUGGUGGACGUCCAGUUUGUGCGGAUGACAAAACGUUUCAUCCCCCUUUCUGAAAUCAAGGCUCACCACCUGGCGCAUAAAGCGGAUGGAGGCCCCCUGAAGAACAUGAUGCUUUUCACAAGACAGCGUCUUUCCAUCCAACCCCUGACGCAAGAGGAAUUUGAUUUUGUCUUGAGCCUGGAAGAGAAAAAGCCACAUUAAAAACCUGAGAGCAGCACAGCUUCUACCCAUCCCGCUGAUGCUUCCUCCUAAACCAGCGUAAUUCUCACCUUGCUCAAUUGCAGCAACAAGAACACGCCCGCACAUGGCUCGCAGCUACACGUCCCUUAUUCUGACACACUGUUAAUUUUGCGUAUUUUUAAAUAAAGCCUUUGAAAAUCA